UCAAACGCAAGGUGCUCAAGGCAAGUAUCGCCGUCGCCGGGAACCCAGCAGUGACGUAGAAGUUUCCAGAAGUUUGCACACACGCGCUCCCCAAGGCCCCAAAUACUCCCUGACGCCCUUACCCUCACAAGUCGCAGCCAGGUCUCUCUGUCCGCCGAAGUCCUCCCUCGUCGCGAGAGACGAGUCGCGUUCCUGUUCGCCGCCCCCGCCGCCCAUCUCCCAAUCCGGACUCAGGAGAUCGACUCCUCCUCUCGGUUGAGGUUGAAGGGGAAGGAACUAGAAGGCUACUCAAGGGAUGGCUGAGGAUGCUUCUCACGGGGCCAGCAGCUCGACUGUGAUACCUGCUGAUGGUCCAGAGUCUACCAUCGAGAUCAACAUCAAGACCCUGGAUUCACAAGUCCACAAACUUCGCGUGGAUAAGAAUGGAGAUGCGUCGAACCCAGGACCUUCGGCUCAGUGGAAAGGCUUCUCACCACUGCGCUAGGCUUGUCUUUUCUAUUUUCCCACUUGUAUGGUUUUAAAAUGCUUUGCUGUGUCAUUUACCAUUCCUAUGUGUUUGUUAGUUUGUUUCUCUCCAUCCAAAUUCUGUCACUUGUAUCCUUAACAACCACAAGAUUUGGAGGAUGGGUAUACAUUGCAUCUGGUUGCUCGGCGUGCAGCAGAGGGCCAGACUUCUUCUGGGGCUUCUGAAGGAAACACAAAUGCUAAUGUAAACGUUACUGGAAAUGGAGGAUUGUUGGAUGAUAUUUCCAGGAGUGUUCGGGAUCUUCUGGGUUCCUUAGGUGUUGCAAUGUCUGGUGGUGUCACUAACACGGCAUUUUCGGUUCCUUUGACUAGCACACCAGAAGGGCCCAAUAAUGUGCCUGGAAGAACUCAGCCAAUGAACCCAGCACAACCUGGAUUCUCAGUUCUAAAUCAUCAAAUACAAGUAACACAACUUCAUCCGCCAGGAGCUAUUCCUCGCAAUAUGAUUAUUCCAGAUUCUUUGACAACUCUUUCGGAGUACAUGGAUCGCAUUGACAGAGUACUACAGAAUAAUGGUGUUCCACCAUCCAGAGAUUCAGAAAGCCAGCAACAACCAACAGUGGAUGAUGCUAAUGCCAACCCAAGAUAUCCAAGUGCUGAUGUUUUGGCUUCAGUUAUUGAGAGAGCCCAACAACUUCUUGGUGGCAGUGCAGCUUCUGCUCUUUCACGCAUUGCACAACGUAUUCGGCAAGAUGGUGGGACUGCAGAUGCAUCUCUUCGUCGUGAGAUCCAAACUGAAUCGGUUCAGCUAGGAAUUUCGAUGCAACAUUUGGGUGCUAUGUUCUUUGAGCUUGGUCGGACGAUGAUGAUGCUUCGCACAGGGCAAUCUCCUUCUGAGGCUUUUGUAAAUUCUGGGCCUGCUGUUUAUAUAAACUCCACAGGACCAAACCCAAUCAUGGUUCAGCCAUCUUUUCAAAACACCCCUCCUUUUGGUGUAUCUAAUAUACCAGUUCUGGGUGGAAUUUCUGGUGCUUUUGGUAUUGUUGAUCCUUCUCGACAUAUGAAUAUCCCAAGUAACGGUGCAUCUGCAACAAGUGGUUCAGCUGCUGGUACUACCACCGGUUCUGAAGGAGCUAUCCACGGGAACCGCCAAGAUGCGGCAAGAACUCAAGGAGGUAACCCACCAGGUUUCCUGGCUGCAACACGUGGAUUGCCAACCAGAACAGUUGUUGCUGCUGUUCCAGCACGGUCCUCAGGCGAGGCUCCAAACCAUAUCUUUAGUGUUAUCCUACCUGUUCAAGUGAGGGGUCAAGUUGUAGUGCCUAAUCAGUCCUCUCAAGGUUCUCAAACAGCAGUGGGCAAUGGAGCUCAAGGAAAUUCAACAUCUGCUAUUCCACAAGCUUCUGUUGGUGGUGUUUCUGGUGUUCCUCUUAUAGCGGCACAGGUAGCCAAUGCAUUGGCAAAUGCACCAAGCCAGGUUUCUUUAUCUACACAAAGUGCAGCAGAUCAGGGAUUUCACCUGACUACAGACAACAGAGCUGAUGUUCUGAGUUCAUCAACACCAGCCACUACACCACAGAAUGGUCCCUCAGGUACUUCCGGUUCCAGUUUGCCAUCUCAAGACAGGAAUACUUUAAAUGUUCCCAGUCUUGAUAGUAUACAACAGCAUCCACAAUUGGGAGAUACUUGUGCAGAUACAGCUGACUUAUCAGGAGACGCCACAGCCAUCAGUACUCAUGAUGCUCCUUCGAACCCAUCAGUUGACAGUUCUGUGCUGAAGAACAAAUCCUCGGAUGAAGUAGGUUCACAGACCACUGAGCCUUCUGCAAGUGGCAGUGCUGAACCAUUAGGUCUUGGUGGAGGUCUGAUUCCAAUUCCAAAGAGGCGGAGCAAAGCAGUAAAGCCAUCUGGGAGCACAACUGAUCCUAGUAGGGAUUUGUCCUCAGUCAGCCAAAACCAAGAUCCUAUUUCAGUAGCCCAGCAGUUUCUGGAAGGUUUUGCUUCCCGAAAUACUAAUGGUAGCAGAAGCAACACCCUCUCCUCUGGUCCUCCAUCUUCUGUGCCACAGGCUACUGAAGUUCCUCCGAGAAGACAGGGUGGUGGACAACCUGAUAUUGGCAGCAUGAUAUCUGGUAUGCUCAACAACCCAGUUUUCAGCAACAUGUUGUCGAAUGUGGCAACACAGGCAGGGGGCUCUAGUGCUGAUUUGAAGAGCGUGAUGGAAGGAUUACAAAGCCCUGCUAUUGUAGAUACGAUAAGCAAUAUCGUGCAGAAUGUGGAUGAGCAAGACCUGGGGGCCAUGUUUGGUUCAGGCAGAGGACAAGGUGGCAUGGAUUUGUCAAGGAUGUUGCAGCAAAUGAUGCCCGUUGUAUCCCAGGCUCUUGGUGGUGCAGGGGGGCGUUCUGCUGGUGCAAAUGGUGGACAGCAUAGGUCGCGGCCUCAGCGCAUUGACGGUGAAGGAAAUGCACCAGCCAGCAGUUCUCAGAUUGAUCUCCAUGAAGCUCGUCAAAGCAUUGAACAGCAUGAAUCCCCAGAGAAUAUCUUCCGCGCUGUCCUUGAAACUGCUGCUCAGGCCCAUGGUGAAGAUAACAGCAUUCAGGGCAUGGUCGAAGAACUUGCCACUGAUCAAGAGCUUGCCGAUGACUACAUGAAACUUUUGAUGGAACAAGUUCGGCAGAGGAUACAGUCAGAGUCGCAGUCGGGGAGCCAGCCUUGAAGGAUUGGGCGGCAGGGUCGUGUAGCCAGCCAUUCGCUCUGCGAUAUUUAUCUAUGGGAAAGAACAGAACCAAAGCUGUUGUCUGGGCGUUUUCAUGAUUAGGUGCCCGGUGUACAUGUGGCGUUGUAAUUUUCCGAGAUAAUGUAUCUGCAGCAGCAUAUCUCGUACUCUGGUUAGAACUGUUUUUUUUUACGAAUUUUGCUAGAGGUACAUACAACGAGUUUUAAAGGUGGUGACGUCUGAAUUUCGUGGAAUUGACAAUGACAUGUCUGUAUGAUUGGUGUCGCAACUCUCCAGUUCGGAAAUUUGUUAGCACAGGUUGUCCUUGUUCCUGGCAUGUGUUUCA